AUGACCGAGAACGGCCCCUCCGACGCAGCUACUUCUGAUCCCUCCGGCUUCCUCCAGGAGAUUAUCGGCGCACCCAUCACCGUGAAGCUGAACUCGGGAGUCGAGUAUCGAGGCGAGCUUUCAUCCGUAGACGGUUACAUGAACAUCGCGCUCGAGAAGACCGUCGAGUACGUCAAUGGGGAGGUUAGAAAUAAGUAUGGGGAUGUGUUUAUUCGGGGGAACAACGUGCUAUAUAUAUCCCAAGACGCGGUAUAG